GCUGGAAGGACUGGCACUUUUUAAAAGUGCUGCCCCAGGCGACCGCACCGUCCCCGUCUCCCGCCCCGUCCGAUCCCCGCAAAGCCUCCCGCACGGCCCGUGCCCGCCCGCAUCAUGCCGGUCAAGGGGGGCACCAAAUGCAUCAAGUACCUGCUGUUCGGGUUCAACUUCGUCUUCUGGCUUGCUGGGAUCACAGUCCUGGCCAUCGGCCUCUGGCUCCGAUUUGACUCCCAGACCAAGAGCAUCUUCGAGCAAGAAGAAAAUCAUGCGAAAUUCUACACAGGAGUCUACAUCCUAAUUGGGGCUGGUGCCCUCAUGAUGCUGGUGGGCUUCCUGGGCUGCUGUGGAGCUGUUCAGGAGUCCCAGUGCAUGCUGGGACUGUUCUUCAUUUUCCUGCUGGUCAUCUUCGCCCUCGAGGUCGCCGCUGCCAUCUGGGGCUACUCUAACAAGGACAAGGUGAUCUCGGAAAUCCAGAAGAUAUACCAGGACAGCUACGAUGCCUACAAAGCCAAAGGAUCCAAAAUUCACCGCGAGACCCUCAAGGCCUUCCACUCGGCGCUGAAAUGCUGUGGCACUACUGGGAUCAUUGACCAGCUGAUCUCUGAGACCUGCCCCGAAAAGGACAUGCUCGAGGCCCUCUCCACAAAGUCCUGCAUCACGGCAAUCGACGAGGUUUUCAACAGCAAGUUCCAUAUCAUCGGUGCCGUGGGCAUUGGCAUCGCCGUGGUGAUGGUGUUCGGCAUGAUCUUCAGUAUGAUCCUAUGCUGUGCCAUUCGCCGGAGCCGGGAGUUGGUGUAGACACCUCCGUCUACCCCCUGAACUCGUCUUUGCCACUAACUUGCGCCCCUUCCCCCGCCCCCCAGUUCCUGCCCUGCGUUGCUUUUCAGCAAAAUUUGUUGUCUAGAGUGUUCUCUCCUCCGCCCGCCCGGGGGCCUGGGCUCCCACUCCUGGGCUUCUGUGUUUCCAGAAACCCUGAGAAGAAAGGGGCAGGGGAGCAGGGCCUGGGCCCAGACCUUGUAUAUAAACCACAACCGUGGCUCUGGCCUGUGCUAAUCCUGUAGUAACUUAUGUGGGCGACCAUUUGAUACGAAAUAAAGAUUACGACAGAUU